AGUCACUUCCUUCUUUCUUUAGUAGCUUUAGUAGCUUGUUCCUCUACUGGGCUGGCUUUCCCUUAGGGUUUGUGGCCCUGUUCUUGCCCCAGCAUGACUUUUUUCGGGGCGCCGUUGUGGAAGCCUCACGCAGGAACCUGCCCCAAUGCAGAUCCCACUGGUGACUCUCCAGUCUCGUCACCAUGAACGGGGUCCUGAUCCCCCACACGCCCAUCGCCGUGGACUUUUGGAGCCUGCGCCGGGCUGGUGCUGCGCGGCUCUUUUUCUUGUCCCACCUGCACUCGGACCACACCGUGGGCCUGUCUAGCACCUGGGCCCGGCCCCUUUACUGCUCCCCAAUCACUGCCCACCUCUUGCAUCGUCACCUACAGGUAUCUAAGCAGUGGAUCCGAGCCCUGGAGGUUGGUGAGAGCCAUGUAUUGCCUCUAGAUGAAAUUGGACGAGAGACCAUGACUGUAACCCUCAUUGAUGCCAAUCACUGCCCUGGUUCUGUCAUGUUUCUCUUUGAAGGCUACUUUGGAACCAUUCUCUACACAGGUGAUUUUCGAUAUACACCAUCCAUGCUAAAGGAGCCAGCCCUGACAUUGGGGAAGCAGAUCCAUACCUUAUACCUAGACAAUACCAAUUGCAACCCAGCCCUGGUUCUUCCUUCCCGACAGGAAGCUGCCCACCAGAUUGUCCAGCUCAUUCGAAAGCACCCACAUCAUAAUGUAAAGAUUGGACUCUAUAGCCUGGGAAAAGAAUCACUGCUCGAGCAGCUGGCCCUGGAGUUUCGGACCUGGGUGGUAUUGAGUCCUCGGCGCCUAGAGUUGGUACAGCUGCUGGGUCUGGCAGAUGUGUUCACACUGGAAGAGAAGGCUGGCCGCCUCCAUGCUGUAGACCAUAUGGAGAUCUGCCAUUCUGCCAUGCUUCAUUGGAACCAGACCCACCCUACCAUUGCAAUCCUUCCCACAAGCCGGAAAAUCCACAGAUCCCACCCUGAUAUCCAUAUCAUCCCUUACUCUGACCAUUCCUCCUACUCUGAGCUUCGUGCCUUUGUUGCAGCACUGAAGCCUUGCCAGGUGGUGCCCAUCGUCGGUCGACGGCCCUGUGGAGACUUCUUUCAGGACAGCCUGAGCCCCAGGCUCUCCAUGCCCCUGAUUCCAGACUCUGUGCAGCAAUACAUGAGUUCCUCCUCUAAAAAACCAAGCUUUCUCUGGCUGUUACAAAGGAGGCUAAAGAGGCUGAGAACCCAGGGUGUUGUGUUUGAAUCCCCUGAGGAAAGUACUGAUCAACCUCAAGCUGACAGAGACACAAAGAAAGCCAAGAAAGAGAACCUUUUUCCCUGGCCUGGGGACCUUGAAAAGCAGCCCUUUCACCGUCCUUUGCAGAUGAAGAAGCAGUUAUUCCCAGACCUCUCCAGCAAAAAAUGGGAUGGGGCAGUUCCUUCCUGUGAGUCCCAGAAGAUGGUGACUGUGUUUGCUAACCCCCUGGGAUUUUCAGUGCAAUUAAGGUCUACAGAUGAGGAGUUUAUCUCUCCAGAAACCAGGGGUGAAAUUGGCUUAGGGUCCCCCUUGGUACCCAGGGGAGAUGAUGAUGGCCCAGCAGCCACAGGGAACCAGAGUGCCUGGAUGGGCCAUGAUUCUCCCCUGUCUCACAGCAGCAAGGUUGCCCCUUUUCUAGCUGCUGAGUUCAGGGGCCUAGCACUAAAGUACCUUCUGACUCCAGUGAACUUUUUCCAGGCAGGAUUCUCUUCUAGGAGCUUUGACCAGCAGGUGGAAAAAUACCAUAAACCCUUGCUGAAGUACACACAGGAGAGUAUGAAAUAACCUUGUUUUAUCCAACACUCCAGUUUUGAAGGGUGGCUGAUGGCUGGUGAGGAGAGUUUGCUUUGUGCCUUACUUUUCUAUCUUUAUAGAGUCCACAUGGGCUCACACUGGAGCAGCACUUCCUAAAGGUUCUUCAUUGGAGUCCUGGUGCCUACGGAGUCCUUAGUUUUAUAGUUGACUAUGUUUAAGAAACACUUUUCAUUAUAAACUCUUCAGAGUAUGCAUGAGCACAUUAAAGAUUCUUAGAAUUCCUAUAGUAACUUAAUCUAUUUAACUUUGUUUAACCCAGGAUUUUUCAAACUUUUGUGAACAUGCAGUCAUUUUAUGUGGGUGCAGAAAGAGAUAAAGAGGCUGAAUCAAAAAGGACCAGGUUAUUCCCAUUGUUAUUUUAUGUGUUGUGUGCCAUUCCCCAUGUCCCCUUUUCCCUCUUCACAGAUAAAAGUCCCUAGGUAGUUCCAUUUUUUAAAUUAUGAACUGUGGUGCUGGAGGUUAAAGUGGUAGCCCCAAGGAGCAUGUUCCAAUCCUGAAUGUCACUGACUUGCUGUGACCCCCAUCCAAGUAACUUCCUGUCUCUGCCUCUGGGAGGGAACAGGAAGCAAUGAAGAGGCCUUGGAACAGUAGUGAAAAAUUCCACCUCUGCUUCCUUCAUGAGUGUGUGCAGUUAGUGUCACUAGGACCUAUCUGGCAUAGAGCCAGUAGGAGGGUUGGGCAUUUCUCACCAAGGCAGUACCUGGAACUCAGCUGAACAUUAAGACUUAGGGUGUGACAGGCUCCCAGCUGCCUGGAGGCCCUGACUAUUUGGCUGAAAUAAAGUUAGAAAAGAUCAAAUGUGCUGUUAGAUAUCCUUCCGAUUGUUCACAUAGCUGGGAUGUUUGUUGCACAGCCCCCACUUUGGUUUGAGCAGAGAGCCAGAGCACAGAGCCUGUUUGUUUUAGUAUUCAAAGAAGAGACCAAGGAGCCAGCUGGCUGGUAGGGCUGGGGGUGUGCAGCUCUGCCCUGUCCUUCUGCUGUAACCUGACAAAAUGCCAAUCUAAUAAGCAGGACAGCCAAUACCAUGGCUAUGAGAGAAUAGGCUCUGAGAGAAGCCAUAGACAUGUGGAGCUGGGCAUGUGGAUGAAAACUGCUUCAGAAUGGAACCUUGAGCCUUAGCAACAAAGGAGGCUCGGUUUCUUGUCUGAGAGGGCAAAGUUUUCUAUUUUUGGAAGGAGAGAUGAAUUUAGAAAACAAAAUAAGUCCUUGCUCUUGGUCAAGCUGUACACAGCUCUCACACAGCUCUAUUUCAUCGAUGACCUUUGUUGUAAGCCUCCCAAGAGCUUACUAGGAGCCACAGCAGACAAGGCAUGUGGUGUGGCAGGAACAUGGGCAUUGGGCUUGAAUCCAGGGAACCCUGGACAAAUUGCUUUAAUAGUAGAUCCUCAGUUCCUCAUCUGUGAAAUGAACUGAGAUAACCAGCCUCUUGUGAUUGCUAUGGAGAUUGGUAAAAUUCUAGCUCGGUGUCUGCCACAUGACGGGUAUUUCAAA